UUAUGUUUAAUUUUAACUAAUAUAUUUAUUAUUAUAUUUUAAAAAUAUUGUAUAUUACACAUUUGUAUUAUCAAUGUUAAAUUUCUCACAUAGUAACAUUGGCUCAUGUUUCCGCCAAUAAUAUUUUCGUACACAAAUUCUAAUGUAAAUUAUUAAAAACAUUUAAUUUGAAGUUAGAGGAUCGUUUGCUCUAAUAAAAAUCCCCGAAAUUCAAGAAAGGUUACACAAUUUAGUAACCUCUUAUAACAAUUUUUUAAACUAAUUAAAAUGGGAUCUAAUAAUAGUAAACUGGAGGAUAAAGUGAGGGAGAAUAAGCGUACAAUAAACAGGACGAUUCGUGACCUAGAGAGGCAGAAAUUGUCCACACAAAGGCAGGAAGAGUCGCUGGUGGCAACUCUUAAGGAGGAGGCGAGGGCUGGAAGGAUAAAAAACGCGAGGUUAUUGGCCAAAGAUGUUCUCAGAAACAGAAGAUUGGCUGAUCAUCUUUGCAAUAUGAAAUCACAAAUGACGGCACUUCAAUCUCAACUUCAAACUGCCCACAACACAAGCUUGUUAUCUAAUAGCUUCAAAAACGUCAGUGAUCUGAUGACUCAGGUAAAUUGUAACACUAACGUUGCUGAGUUCCAGAAAAUCAUGUCGAAUAUUACACAGCAGGGGGCAGUCCUUAACUUAAAAAUUGAAAUGAUGGGGGAUGCGAUGGAAGAUUCGAUGUAUUUGGAAGAUACCUUACAGGAGGAGAAGGCUGUAGAUAAGCUAUUGGAGGAUCUUGGAGUGGGUGUGGGUGCGACGUUGGAUAAUCUAAAUCCCCCUAAAAAUCAAGAUUUAACCUCUUCCGAAAGUAAAAAUAUGGAAGGAGCAGUGAGAAACAACUCAGGGAGAAUGCAGGAAAUGAUGGAAAUAGAAGAAAGAAUAAAUAACUUGAAAAGUUAG